AUGUCACUAGCAGGUUGGGUUUCAACUAUUAGGAUAGGGGCUACCCUUCUGUUCGAAACGCGUACCCUCAUUUUAUUGAAACUACUGAUCGUACUAUUCAGACCGGACAUUGCCGAUCGUGAAAAUAGAGUGACACCCGUGUCACCGACCAAUUUGCGAAAUGAGUACGAUUUCGUGGUGGUCGGAGCUGGAUCAGCUGGAUCAGUGAUAGCCAAUCGGCUGUCAGAGAAUGGAAAAUGGACGGUACUUCUGCUGGAAGCUGGGCCGGAUGAACCGGAAAUCUCUGAUGUACUUGCAACGUUUGUGCUUCUGCUACUGUCUCCUUUGUGGACUCGUAAUUCAAAACCGAACCGUCGAAGAACUAUUAUCAGCACUUUAUAUAAGCCUUCAAAAAUUAUGCUUUCAUGUACCCAAACUCUGAAUAUCAAGGUUCUCGGAGCUAGCAGUGUGCUGAACGCAAUGCUCUACGUUCGUGGCAACAAGAGAGACUAUGAGAACUGGGAAAAACACGGAAAUCCAGGCUGGGACUACGACAGUGUGCUGCCUUAUUUUAAGAAGUCUGAAGACACGAGGAUUGAAGAAUACAAACAUUCGCCUUAUCACCACACUGGCGGUUACUUGACCGUUGAGUACUUCAGGUACCAAACUCCCGUGAUCAAGUAUCUGGUAAAGGCUACCACAGAAUUGGGAUACGAUGUCCUGGAUGUCAAUGGACCUACUCAAACCGGGAUCACCUAUACCUACGGUACUUUGAGAAACGGGUUACGAUGCAGCACUGCGAAUGCUUUCCUACGGUCUGCUUCCAAAAGGAGGAAUCUGGAUGUGAGCAUACUCUCGACUGUGGAGAAGAUUCUGAUAAGCGAAGUUGUUGCAGACGAUUCUGCAGAUGAUUCAAAGAGAGCAUAUGGUGUCCAAUUUCGUGUAGGCGGGGUUAGCUAUAAGGCCGCAGCAAAACGCGAGGUCAUUUUAUCCGCUGGAGCUUUACAAUCGCCGCCAUUGCUCAUGCUGUUCGGUAUGGGUCCGAAAGAUCAUUUGGACGCUGUAUGGGUGAAGACUGUGCACCAUGCACCGGGCGUGGGUGAAAAUCUGCAAGACCACGUGGCAAUGGGUGGUAUGACUUACUUGGUGGACCCGCCAGCAAAUUAUACGGGGAAGGACCCAUUCACAUUCAAUUUGUUCAAGUCCCUCACCGAGAAAGAUAUCAAGGAACUCGCCACGGAGCGCAAGGGAAAAUUGUAUGGGUUGUCACUCGCUGAGGCUACGGGAUGGAGUCACGUGACAUUUGAGGAAACUCACGGCGGCGGUGGUCAAGAGCUACUCAAGGACCUAUUCGUGAACUCGAGUGCAAAAGAAUUAUACACCGAUGGUACAAAAAUUGCAAAGAAAUAUAACCUUGAGAGAAAGUGUUCGUUUUUAUCGAAAGAACUGCCCCGCGAAAUUAGAAAGUGCUUUACCUUAGCAUUUCCUCACAUUAUCCAAAACGGGUAUAGAAUAUUCAAUGUGAUGCAGUUAUUUUGUUCAGCCUCUAUAGUUAUGUCAACUCAAAACAAAGUUAAAGUUUGUCAAAUAGAAGGUGCAAACUUCAUAUACAAUCUCAGCCAGACACCAUCUUUGAAAAGUUUAAAUGCCAAAGCGAAUCCAAAUCGAAUCCCAGAAUGCUCGUCUUUCGAGUUUCCAUCGGACGAUUACUGGAAAUGCCACGCAAGAUUCUACACAAUGACGAUCUACCAUGCGUGUGGGACUUGCAAGAUGGGUCCAGCGACUGACAAGAUGGCCGUCGUGGAUCACAGACUUAAAGUACACGGAAUUAAGGGACUGCGAGUGGUUGACGCGUCGAUUAUACCGAAUAUUACCUCUGGAAACACGAAUGCGCCGGUUAUUAUGAUUGCCGAGAAUGCUGCAGACGUGAUCAAGGAGGACUGGAAAUAGUACAUAUAGAUAUAGAUUGAGCUUGACCGUGUCGAAUUGUCGAAAUGGAAAAUCUUGAUGACACUAAAGAAAUUGUGAUUUCUCGAAGAAAUUUUCUGUACUUUUCUUCAAUUACACAUGCUUAAAGCUCAAGUAGUUUCAAUAUUUAAAA